GUUUAACAGCAGUCAAAUAUUGUCAGCCUGAUUUGUGAUCACACCAUUAUGGCUUCACCAAAACAAGCACCCAAAAAAGAAGAUCUAAAGGAAGAUCCAGCUCCAGGAGCAAAAGAUCCAGCAUCAGCUGCUUCUUCACAAAAUUUAACACCAGAGUCAGCUACAAAAGCUGAAAAAGACAAUUCUGCACCUGAUCUAGACCCAGUCCAAUCUCCAAAUCCAGUGAAUAAUGCAGCUGUAGUACAUUUCAAUGCUCAACAGCUUGAAGAGUUUAAAGAGGCUUUUCAGCUGUUUGCCAGGUCUCCCUCAGGCAUUUCACUCGCACAGUGUGGGGAUGUGAUGAGAGCUUUGGGGCAGAACCCAACCAAUGCUGAAGUCUUGAAUGUUCUAGGAAAACCAAAGCCUGAAGAGAUGGAAUCCAAACUGAUCGACUUUGAGACUUUCCUGCCUAUGCUUCAACAAGUUUCAAAGUCUACCGAAAGUGGCUCAUUUGAAGAUUUUGUGGAGGGCCUUCGGGUCUUUGACAAAGAAGGCAAUGGAACGGUCAUGGGGGCUGAACUCCGCCAUGUACUUGCAACUUUGGGUGAGAGAUUGUCUGAGGGUGAAGUGGAUCAGUUGCUGGCAGGGCAGGAGGACACAAAUGGUUGUAUUAACUAUGAAGCUUUUAUUAAACAUGUCAUGGCUGGCUGAGAGAUCAUUUCUGGUACAGUAGCAGAUUUACAGGCAUGUCAGCAGCGGUCAUCUGAAGGUCAUCUACAAGAAUCGUCAAUGAAACCGAGUUCUUUUAAAAUAUAUUAAAAUCAUGUUCACAUCAACCACCAUCUUAAGCUGUUUUAUAUCAAGUACAAAUUAUCAGUGCAACAAAAAGAAGCAAAAAUGCAAACUCUAUAGAAGUCAGGAUACCGUGAUCUGCUUUACACUCGAAUCUCAAAGAGAAUCAACACAGCUGUCAGUGGAUAAAACCUUGGCUUUGGUUGUGCUAGUGCACUGAACUUGCUCUAAUCCUCAAAUGUCAGGAACUUUUACCAGGCACAUGUGAUAAACCCAGACCCUGUAUCACUGCACUGCUCUCAGUGCAUUUUAAGCUCAAUAUUACUGUCACUGAAAGAGAACAACAGUGAGCUGUAUUCACUUACAGCAUUACAUCCAGAAAAAAAUGUGUUGAGUUUAAUUUUCAGAAAGAUCUGAGUACAAAGCUAUUUGUGAGUGUUGUGGUAAAUAUUACAUAUAUGAAAUUAACUAAUUACAUAAAACAAUACAAUAAAAUAAAAAUGAAUUGAUAAGUAAACUGAUAUAACUAUUCUGGCAAGAUCAGGGCUGUCACAGUUUUUGGACAGCAUUCUCUACAUGACUACCCUUACUUAGACUCCCCAGAAAACUGAAAUGUUGACAUUCUGACAUUACUGUACAUGAUUGAAUUUGUCAAUGAUUGACUUACAGUGUUUAAAUGAGCUAAAUAAACAUAAGUGUGAUUCCAAGUCAAA